CAUUAUAAAAGAGAAGGAGAGUUACAUGAGACAAAUAUUCUGCUACAGAAGAGAGUCUGAUCUGUAAAGAAACCAUUUCCUCUGGUUCUGAUACGAUUGUCAGAAGGAAUCACAGUCUCCAUUACAAAGCUUUACUAAACAUUUUCUUUGACAUACAAAAUGGCAUCAGCUGGUUUGCAGAUCCUCGGCCUGGCUCUGUCCGUGAUUGGUUGGAUUGGAGCGAUUGCAUGCUGUGCAAUACCCAUGUGGAAGGUCACGGCUUUCAUUGGACAAAGCAUAGUGACAGCCCAGACCAUUUGGGAAGGUCUGUGGAUGAACUGUGUGGUACAGAGUACAGGGCAAAUGCAAUGCAAGGUGUAUGAUUCGAUGUUAGCUUUGUCGCAAGAACUUCAAGCAGCCCGUGCUCUGACCAUUGUGGUCAUUAUUUUAGCUGUCUUUGGAAUCUUUGCUGCCAUUGCUGGUGGCAACUGCACCAACUGUGUGGAAGAUGAGAACACCAAGGCCAAGGUCUGCAUAGUGGCAGGGAUAAUCUUUCUUCUGUCUGGUGUACUUCUGCUUAUCCCAGUCUGCUGGACUGCAAAUGUUAUCAUCCGUGAUUUCUACAACCCACUGGUACCUGAAGCCAAUAAACGAGAGCUGGGGACUUCCCUCUACAUAGGAUGGGCAGGUGCUGCACUGUUUCUGAUUGGUGGGGGCCUACUAUGUUGUAACUGCCCAAAGAAGGACCAUUACUCAGCAAAAUACACUUCCAGUAAAGCAAAUCAGCCAAACUAUGUGUAAUAUAUACCUUACCAGCAAAUAUUGGUCAAGAAGAGACUUUUACUUAUUAUGAGCUUCAGUGUGUCUGUGAACAUUUACGAAUAGUAGCUGUUAUGGCAAUGUUAGGUCUACUAAAGGGAUAUGCCUCCUUCUAAAAUAUUUUUGUCAGUAAAAAUAAUUAAAAAAAAGAAAAAUGCUUCCUGAGUCAGAAAAGGAAGCAAGGCUGUUUAGCAGGCCCUGCUCUGUUAACACAGAAUCCAGAGCUCAAGAGAUCAGAUGCUUGUUGUAUGAAUUGGAAGCUAAAUAAUUCUGACUCUGUGCUUGCUGUUUGACCCUGAAGUAUUUAAUUACUCUCCAGCUGCAAAGCUUGUGAAAUACAGGGCCCUUAGGAACAAGUGUUUUACCACAAUCUGCCAGUGUAUUGUAGUGAUGGAAAGUGACAAAAGGGUAUACAUAGAAUGUCCUUGCAAUAUUGGGAUAUGGUCAUGGUUUUGCCAAAGUGCUAUUUCUUUAUUUUGAUAAACAAAAUGAGGCUACAACUGAAACAUUGGGAAACUUGGGGGGGGGGGGUCAUAUAUCAUUACAUAACCAAGGGUGUCCUUUUUUAUGUAAACAGACUAGGACAUUUGUAAAAACACAGCACGGAUCACAUUCAUUUCAGAGAUGCAUAACAUGCUUGUCAUAUGUUUAUGAUGUAAUUGUUUUAGAAACUGCUAAUGAAAUCAGCAUGAAGUUACAAGGAUGCUGAAUGCUCUUGAAUAUGUUACAUCAUUACAAGGGCAAUCACCUCGCGCUCAUUCAUGACUUUUUAUGAAAUUAUGAAACUUUUCUGAUGUACAGACAAACAACUGUAUUUCAUGUCAUAACAGAGCUUGUAGUCAUAUCACAUAUUUGUCCUGGUAACGCUACACCUCUCUGGUACAGUACACUGCUUAUAUCAUUUAUGUGACUAGGUCUAGUUAUAACUCAUUACCUAUCAUUAAUUAUUUUAUACUAUGUAUUUUCUUUAGCUGUAAAUAAUGCCAGCUUCAGUGUUGUUAAAAUAUAAAACAUUUCAUUUUGGCUAAUGUACUUAUAAAUAUUUCAGGUCAGAUGUGACAGCAGGUGUUAUUUACUGCAGUGAAAGUUCAACAAACAACUGAGUGGUAAACUACAUUUUCUGUUCUUCUAAGAAAUAUUAUUACAUUUUUAAAACAUUUUCUUAUGUGGAUUAAGAACAUUUGUGUGCAUGGUUCUUUUUUUGUACAAACCCAAAUAAAUAUUUUUAUUUAACUAAAA